AUGAACUCCCAAAGCUUUACACGUUUCUAUACCUAUGAAUAACCUUUUACUUCAGGGCUAGUGCGCUGAAAAUCACGAUGCCGUUUAAACAAAAUGCAUUCAGAAUGAUCGCCCUCGCCAAUCCACCCUCGAAAAUAGACGUAGGGUAUAAAUACCAGCAAUGCAAAGUGGAAGAUCAUCAGUUCAUCUGGGGCCUUCCAGUGAAAACACAUAGCGAUUCUAAAUUCCCAGUGAUUUUCACGAGUCAAGUGCCUCCAAUGAACAUGUCUUUCCGAAGUAAAAACCUGAUGACAUGCACCGUGGCUGUGGUGGUGUUUAUGAUCCUCAUACUGGAUCAACCUAGCGGGGCGGAGGCUGGUCAUGGACACGGUCAUGGGCACGGUCAUGGUCAUGGACACAAGGCUCAUGGUACGGCCUGCAUCGUCAAAGGCUCGUACUGCUCUUGUCAUUACUGCAAGUGCGAAAAAGGUCACAUCCAUUGCGGAGGUUACGGCAAGAAGGGAUACGGCAAGAAGUACUGCUACGGAUCCAUGGAGGGAGAAUACUGUCAUUGUGAUUACUGCAAGUGCAAGCACGGUUAUGGAUCCUCUGGUUAUGGCAAGUGUCAUUAAACUCUGCCACUCUGACCUCAGACUGAAAUCAUCAACGGCCUCAUUUCCCUCAUUUGUUCCUGGAUCGCACCGCCCCUUCCCUUCUUUUAAAGAACGGGUGAAGCAACAUGGAAUCUCUGUUUGAGUCCGACAAGAAUCAAUCAAAUUUUUGAUUCAUAGAGGGCAGAUACUGUUAUCCAUCUAUGCCUAGGGUGAUGGAACUGAAAUUCAAUGUGCUAUUCAUACUUAUCACUGAUCCGGGCUGAUCAGCAUAGACAACAAAUUGUGAAUGCUUAUCUUUGCCUUCCUUCAUCUUAGAUAGUUGUACCAAGUCCAACGAAAUAUUUCUCAUAUAUAACUAUGAUGUGUGUCCAAA